AUGGCGGCCGGAUCGUGCCUGAUCACUGGCGGUACAGGCUAUAUAGGCUCCUUCACCACCCUUGCCCUCCUCGAGGCUGGCUACAAAGUUGUCAUUGUCGACAACCUCUACAACUCGUCAAAAGAAGUCCUCAACCGCAUAGAGCUCAUUUGCGGAAAGAGACCAGAAUACGUCGAACUUGACAUCACAAGCGAAUCAGAUUUGGAUGCGGUCUUUCAGAAGCACCCUGAUAUCGACAGUGUUAUCCACUUUGCCGCACUCAAGGCGGUAGGAGAGUCUGGCGAGAUUCCACUUGACUAUUACUAUGUCAACGUCUACGGCACACUUGCACUGCUGAGAGCCGCUAAGAAGAACAAUGUCACAAACUUCGUCUAUUCCUCAUCAGCCACGGUCUACGGUGAUGCGACACGAUUCGAGAACAUGAUUCCCAUUCCAGAGGAGUGCCCACUCGGACCAACAAAUCCAUACGGCAACACAAAGUUCUGUUCUGAGACCAUGAUCACAGACCUUAUCAAUGCCGAGCGCGCCAAUGCACUCAAGAACAAGGACGAAGCAGCAGCCAAGAAGUGGAACGCCGGUCUACUGCGAUACUUCAACCCAGCAGGAAGCCACCCAUCUGCAAUCAUGGGCGAAGAUCCCGCCGGUGUGCCAUACAACCUUCUCCCUCUCCUAGCGCAGGUAGCAACCGGCAAGCGGAAGGAACUCCUCGUCUUCGGCGACGACUACAAGUCCCACGACGGCACAGCCAUCCGCGACUACAUCCACAUUCUCGACCUCGCCCAAGGACACUUGGCUGCCCUCGACUACCUCCGCUCAAAGAAUCCCGGCGUCCGAGCUGGAACCUGGGCACCGGGCGUGGCUCCACCGUCUACGAAAUGA